GAUUCUAGGAAGAGUAUUGACCAUGAGGAAGGCCACAUGUUAGUCAGUGUUUACUAAUCCCACCGAAGAAAAUGAAGGCACGUUUCAGCUUUGCUGAUCCUUUUCCCACCACUGUUGGCUGAAUGAGAAAUGGUUGUGUGAUUAUGCUGACACCCCAGCAUGCAUUUGGUAGACCUGUGGUUAACUCGUUCCCUCUCCAUGUGUCUGCUCUUACAAAGUUUUGUCCUCAUGAUACUGUGCUUUCAUUCUGCCAGUAUGUGCCCAAAAGGCUGCCUCUGUUCUCGCUCCGGAGGUCUGAACGUCAGCUGUAGCAAUGCGAACCUCAAGGAAAUACCCAGAGAUCUUCCUCCAGAAACAGUCUUACUUUAUUUGGACUCCAAUCAGAUAACAUCUAUCCCCAACGAAAUUUUUAAGGACUUGCACCAACUGAGAGUCCUCAAUUUAUCAAAAAAUGGGAUUGAGUUUAUAGAUGAACAUGCCUUCAAAGGGGUGGCAGAAACCUUGCAGACUCUGGAUUUGUCCGAGAACCGGAUUCAAAGUGUUCACAAAAACGCUUUCAACAACUUAAAGGCCAGAGCCAGAAUUGCAAACAAUCCCUGGCACUGUGACUGCACGCUGCAGCAGGUGUUGAGGAGCAUGGCUUCCAACCACGAGACAGCCAACAACAUCAUCUGCAAGACUUCUGUGCUGGAUGAACAUGCUGGGAGACCCUUCCUCAAUGCUGCCAAUGAUGCUGACCUCUGCAACCUUCCUAAAAAGACUACCGAUUACGCCAUGCUGGUCACCAUGUUUGCCUGGUUCACCAUGGUGAUCUCAUAUGUGGUUUAUUACGUCCGGCAAAAUCAGGAGGAUGCGAGGAGGCACCUUGAGUACUUGAAAUCCCUGCCAAGCAGGCAAAAGAAACCAGAUGAAGCUGAUGACAUUAGCACUGUGGUAUAGUAUUCUGAAUACAAUGACUGCCUUUGUGAUGGAAACUAGAUUUAGAUGACACUAAAAUCAGAGGUUUACUUUUACCAUUCAUUGUAAAAAUUAAGACUUUUGGGGUUUUUUUUCUGUUUAACUGAAUUACACCACUGUUGAGCUUUCUAACAGAAAGUUUUGUCUGGGUGGUUUACUUUAUUUAUUUCUCUGGUGGCAUCCUAAAGCAAGUGAAUUAAUAUGUAAAUGUUAGUUUAGACCCAUUCCACUAUUUAAUAACGAAAUUUAUUUUUUUAAUUUAAAAAAACAAAUAAAAGCUUAAAUUUGAACCAUGUAAA